AUGGCACAACAGACAACAGCCCUUCUAUACAUCCUGGUAUCCCCAGGCUCCAGAACCGCAGAGGAUGUAUCCACCUGGUUCAACAGCCCCUCGAUACGCGGCAUCCCGGGAAUCAAAACCGCAACAGAAUACGGCGCAAUAGACUCGCAAAAGCCGGAGUUGUUAGCAGUCUACGAACUCUCAAACCCAUCCGCAAUCCAACUCUCCUCCCUAGAAACGACCGUCGCAGCAUCCGGUUUCGAAGUUGAGCUGCGACUCUACAACAUCUUCAGCGCAAAAACAUCACCGAAUUAUGCCACCGCACCACCCGACCGCAUAUUCCGGACUCUGGGUCUCCAACCAGGUCCAACCCUGUCCGAAGAUGCCUACAACGCCUGGUACGAGCAGGAACACGUCCCGCUCCUCUCCGCCGUUCCGGGGUGGCUCAAGUCAACGCGGUGGACGCUGAAGGAGGGUAUGCGCUUCGAGGCCGGCGGGACGCGCAGCGAUAAACCGACGUCUCGGUAUCUUGCCAUCCAUGAGUAUGAGAGCAUGGAGUCGUUUACGAAGCCGGAGUUUAAGACCGCGACGAGUACGCCCUGGCGAGCGAAGAUUCUGCCCGGGAUUGAUGGGGAGGUGGAUGAGAGGAGGAAUUUUACGCCUCGAAGGACAAUUAUUUAA